UUUCAUAUCAAGACUUCGGUGUCAAAACGAAACAAGACUUGAAGGAUUUAUAAGUAUGUCGUGUCGAACAUCUGGAUUUGUGAGAUCAUUGCGGACGCUCACAGUGACACGACUUAAAUGUCGGCACCCAUCAACAUCACAAAUCAAAACUGUGUCAAAGAAAUGCCUGUCAUCAAGAAAUACUCUUAGAUCAAGUCAACAUGUGUGUACGUGCUUGUCAUCAUGUACAUUGUCAAAUUCACUGCUGAAUGACAGCUUUCGGCACUAUACUACAUCUUGUGAUAAUGCGUCAAACGAACAUACUCUUGGUGAUGCAGUUUCUUUCAUGACUACAACCGACCCACAAACUGCGUUAGAGCUUGAACCUUCUAUGCAUGUGUACAAAAACUUCAUAUCACCAGACGAAGAAGAACAGUUAUUCAAUGAAAUUGAGCCUUACAUGAAACGACUUCGGUAUGAAUAUGAUCAUUGGGACGGUGCUAUCCAAGGAUACAGAGAGACAGAGAGGAAGAAAUGGACUAAGAACAAUGAAGCUAUCUUGAAGAGAGUUGGGGACUUAGCAUUUCCCCCUGCUGUACAGCCCUUGGCUCAUGUCCACAUCCUAGAUCUGAGCAAAGACGGACACAUAAAACCACACAUAGAUGCUGUUAGGUUUUGUGGCAGUACAAUAGCAGGCCUUUGUUUACUGUCGCCCUGUGUGAUGCGACUUGUGCACGACAAAGAUAAACAGCGAUGGGCAGACAUUCUUCUUGACAGACGAUCUCUCUACAUAAUGAAAGAUGCUGCGAGGUUUAAUUACACACAUGAAGUGUUAUCAAAUGAGAACUCUGUUUUCAAUGGACACCCCGUCCCCAAGGAUAGACGGAUAUCAGUUAUAAUGCGCAAUGAACCUGAUGAAUGAUUAAUUAAAUGUUGAUGAUUUUAUAAAAUAAAUAAAUGAAAUAUGAAAUAUA